AUGAAAUGGGAUCUUGGUCUGAGUGGAAGGGACACUAAGCUCAGAGAAUUCCUGCCCCUGCUUUGCCUUGGGCUUAGCCUGGGCUUUGAAGACAAGAAAAAGAAUGAGAUGCUUCCCAAACCCUCCCUCAGUGCCUUGUCCAGCUUAGUGGUUGGACACAGAGGAAAUGUGACCCUGAGGUGCCAGUUUCACUUCCAGAAUGUGACAUUCAUGCUGAGGAAGCUGCGGCACUCCGGGUACAGGCAGGAGCAGAGAUCCACAGAACACAAGGCUGAAUUCCUCCUCACUCACCUGGAACCGAAGGAUGCUGGGAUGUACUUUUGUGCCUACAAGACGAUGAUCUCCGAGGAGUGGUCAGGGGAGAGUGAAUACCUGCAGCUGAAGGUCAAAGAUGACCACAAUGGACGUGGAGCUACUGGAGUAAAAAAUGCCAAUGGAUUAAUCUUUACUGCCACCUUCAGCUGCCUUUCCAUUUUGAUUCUCUUCCUCUCUAUCUUCUUCAUCAACAGAUGUACCCAGCAUGGUUCGUCACAUGAAGAGUCCACCAAGAGAACCAGCCAUUCCGAAUUUCCCAAGCAGAAGGCUACAGAUUUGUCCAACCUGGAAAGGAUAUCUGUCUCGACUGAAAGACCCCCGGAGAGUGAGCCAUGCUGACCUAUAUACCUGAGGCAGCUUCUGUCCCCAGCUGAGGAGCCCCCAGGAUCUUUUGAAUGUGCAGUGCGGCAGGUGAAGGAGGACAGCCGGAGCCCUAGAGGAAGGAGAAUGUGGGUUAAGAUGAUGGGAUGACUGGACACAUGGAAACCAGGUCAUUCCACGUCCUUGGCUCAUAAUCCAUAGUAAUAAAGUUAAGUCUCUGACUUUUUGCUUCCACACCUCUCAAGAAUUACUGGUUGGGUUUUCCCAAA